AUGGCCCACCCACGCCCGACCGCCCGCCGUCCCCGUCCCCCUCGCGCUCAACCCCCUCGCGGCCCCCCACUUGCCCUCGUCCUCGUCGCCCACCUCGCGUCGACCCUCCCGCUGUGGUUCAACUCGGCCGCGACCGACCUCGUCGUCCCGCUCUACUCGUACCAGCCGACCCACGCCCUCCGACCCACCCUCGCCUUCUACGCCGCGUGCGCACUCGCCUUUGCCGCACUCGUCGCCGUGCGCAGGACCCGCCCUCGCCUCGCCUGGCGCGAGGCGUGGCUCGUCAUCGGCGCCUACAAGGUCGUCACCGAGGGCCUGGUCAGGUCGCGCGGCGGCAGGCUCGUCACGCGCGAGGGGUCGCUCGACGAGGGCCUCGUCGCCGCGAGGAUCGCGCUCGAGCUGGUCCCGACCGUCGCAACCUGGGCCUGGCUCGUCGGGUCGUCGUCCUGUGCCGAGCGCAAGAUCUUCCUCUCGUCCUCGUUCCUCCCCCUCGCCUACCUCGUCUCGCUCGCACCGCCCGUCACCACCUUCCUCCGCUCCAUCCUCCCCAUCCUUCCCGAGUGCUACAUUCUCCAACCUCACGGCCUCGCCCUGUGCGCCCUCGCCCUCCUCGCCCCGCGCACAUUCCUCCCAUCCGCCCGCCAGCCUCGCGCACGCCCUCAUGCGCCCCCGCGCCCGUCGGCCCUCGACCGCCUCGCGCCGCACCCGCUCGCGCGCCUCGCUCUCCUCGCCCUGGUCGCCCUCGCGGCGCACCGCGUCGCGCAGAGCUCGGCGCACUGCCCGACGUCGCCGGCGCACGCGCUGCCGCAGGGCGUGCUCGCCGCGAGGAAGAGCGUCACUGGGUGGAUCACGGUCGGCGAGCACACGAUGGCGCUGCCUGAGGGAGCGAGCGCGGGUGCGGGUGCGGGAGGAGGAGCAGGGCCCGACACGACGUUCCGGUACCUGAGGGCGGACCACUCGCUCCUCGGUGGGCUGUGGGUCGGUCCGAGCAGGGACGAGCUGCGCCGGGUGCGCAGGCGCGACGGGCGCGGCGGCGAGCCGGACGAGCGCGAGGUCGUCAGGCGCGCCGAGAGCAUCUACUCGACGUUCAUCCUGCAGGAGCUCGUCCGCCUCGUGCCGGCGCCGGUCGACCUUCCUCGCCAGUCACCCGAGCAAGGCCUCAUCAUCGGCCUCGGCGCCGGCCUCUCUGCGCGCGCCCUCGCGCAGCACGGCGUCAACCUGACGCUCGUCGAGCUCGACCCGGCCGUGUACGAGUUUGCGCGCGACUACUUUGGCGUCGCCGAGGACGUCGAGGCGGGAGAGGUCGUGCUCGAGGACGCGGUCACGUGGGUCGAGCGGCAGGAGGGCGACAAGCUGUUCGACUACAUCAUCCACGACGUCUUCACCGGCGGCGCCGUCCCCGCGCACCUCUUCCUCCUCCCCUUCCUCUCGCGCCUCUCGACCCUCCUCCACCCCUCGGGCGUCCUCGCGCUCAACUUUGCCGGCUCGCUCGGCGCGAGCCCGGCCUCGCGCUCGAUCCUCGGCACGGUCCUGCACACCUUCACCUCGACCGGCGGGCACUGCCGCGCGAUCGAGGACGUUCCGCGCACGCACGACGACGAGCCCGCCGCUGCCGCCGACGACCGAGACGAGAUCCGCAACGUCGUCGUCUUUUGCUCGCGGUCGUGGUUCGUCCCGAUCGAGUUUCGCGCCGUCGAGCGCGCCGACUUGCUCGAGUGGCCGAGCCCGGGGAUCCGGCGCAGCGUGUUUCGCGACUUUGAGGGGCACGAGGUCGACUUGGCGCCGUUCAGGCUGUAUCGCGCGACCCUGCGCCAGUUUGUCACCAACUCCAUCCACUCUCGCACCGGCCGCUCCCCUUCCAUUCCGGCCCACCUGCGCGCCCUGUUUGAGAGCGGCCGCGCGAUCGAGGCGGGCGGCGACCAGGCGCGCAAGUUCGAGAAGGACGUCGAGAACCUCGUCGUGUUCCUGCGCGCGAGGAGGAUCCACAAGGAGCUCGUCGACCGCUACAACCCGACCCACGACAUGACGGUCGCCGAGCGCAACGAGAAGACGGCCAACCGGGUCGGGCUCCAGGGCCCGACAGAGUACGACGCGGCCGACCCGCAGCCGCUGCCGGACGGCCAGCAGGUGUACCGCGAGGACGGGCAGGGCAUGGACGACGCGCAGGCGCAGGGCAAGGGCAGCCUCAAGACCAUGUUCGCGCCCGAGGGGCACUGAACGGGCUCGAGCGAGCGAGGGCGAGGGAGGGCUGUACCGAGACUUGUAUUUUCACGCAUCGACAUCUCUCU